AUGUCGCUGCUUCGUAGACCUCAGCCAUUAAACCUCCUGUUUUCAGGAAGUCGCUGGGUGUCAGUACCACCAUUCCCGCGAUUCAUUAGACACCAGGCCUUCGACGCAUCUUUUGACGAAGAGCAGCUUAGUGAAGCCCGGAGAUGGCACCAGUCAUUCAAGAUUGACAGUCUUCCAGAAGGCAACACAUCGUUUGCCCGCUCAUCCGGUCCUGGCGGCCAACACGUGAAUAAGACGGAAACUAAAGCAACAACCACAUGGCCUGUUCCACAGCUACUAUCCAGACUCCCCAAACUGCUACAUGCUGGUGUUAGGGAAUCGAAAUACUUUUCCAAGCGGAGUGACUCUCUGGUUUUCCAGGCCCAGACCCAGAGAAGCCGCACUGCCAACUCGGAAGAAAACCGACAGAAGCUGUUUGACGAGCUCCAGCUGCUGUAUGAAGCCACCGUGCCAAACGCAACACGGCCAGAAAAAGCUGCCAAAUAUGAAGCACUGAAGAAGAGCGCCACAGAGACCAGGAUAAAAACCAAAAAGCACCAUUCUUCCAAAAAGGCCUACCGGAAGGGGGCUUCAGAAUGA